ACCUGGCUAUAAAUAUCUUGGUCUCCGCCUCCAUGUUCUUCCCUUCCGCUUCUCCUCUCAGAAGCGUGUAUCCUCUCUGCGUGCUUUCGUAUUUUCAUACUUGAAUCAGAGAGGAAAUCUACAACUUUCAAAACAGAGAGGCUCCUUAUUCCUCUCACUUUUAUCCUACCUAUCUACUAUUCCAUUCGAUUCGUCGUCAGGAUUCUUGAGAUUGAUAUGGCUGCUCCACGCUAUGCCCCAGAGGAUUCUACUCUUCCAAAACCUUGGAAAGGGUUGGUUGAUGGUACGACUGGGAACAUAUACUAUUGGAAUCAAGAUACCGAUGUUACUCAAUAUGAGCGGCCCACAGUGUCAAACGGUCCAGCUCAAGCCAUUAAGUCUUCUAUGGUGCCCAGUGGGGUAAUUGCUGCUGGACUUCUUGGAUCUUCAGCCGGAAGUGCUUUAUCUCCAGAUGCUUAUCGACGGCAACAUGAGAUAACCGUUACCGGAGACAGCGUUCCACCACCUUUUACAUCAUUUGAAGAUACCGGGUUUCCAUCUGAGCUGCUUAGAGAGGUACUUGCUGCCGGGUUUACAUCCCCGACUCCAAUACAAGCACAAUCAUGGCCUGUUGCCCUUCAAAGUCGUGACAUCGUAGCCAUUGCAAAGACGGGCUCCGGAAAGACCUUGGGUUACUUACUUCCUGGAUUUAUUCACCUUCAACGAGUGCAAAGAAACCGUCACAUGGGUCCAACCGUCUUGGUUUUGUCACCCACUAGAGAACUGGCUACCCAGAUACAAGCCGAAGCAGUCAAGUUCGGAAGAUCGUCAAAGAUUCAGUGCACCUGUUUGUAUGGAGGAGCGCCAAAGGGCCCGCAACUAAGAGAGUUGGAGCGCGGGACUGAUAUCGUGGUUGCAACUCCGGGUCGUUUGAAUGAUAUCUUGGAGAUGAGAAAAAUAAGCCUUAGUCAGAUUAGUUAUUUGGUGUUGGAUGAAGCAGACCGGAUGUUAGACAUGGGUUUCGAACCGCAGAUUAGGAAAAUCGUCAAGGAGGUUCCCGCGCGUCGUCAGACACUUAUGUACACCGCCACAUGGCCAAAGGAGGUUCGCAAGAUAGCUGCGGAUUUGUUGGUUAAUCCCGUUCAGGUCAACAUCGGCAACGUUAACGAGCUUGUUGCCAAUAAGUCCAUCACUCAGUUUGUUGAGGUUUUGGCUCCCACGGAGAAACAUAGACGAGUGGAACAAAUUUUAAGAUCUCAAGAACAGAGAGCGAAGGUCAUCAUAUUUUGUUCAACCAAAAGGAUGUGUGACCAGCUGGCUCGCAACUUGACCCGCCAGUUUUCUGCUGCUGCUAUUCAUGGAGACAAAUCUCAAGGGGAGAGAGAUUACGUGUUGAAUCAGUUUCGUACCGGCAGGUCUCCGGUGCUUGUAGCAACAGAUGUUGCUGCUCGUGGACUAGAUAUCAAGGAUAUCAGGGUGGUGAUCAACUACGACUUCCCUACUGGUGUGGAGGAUUAUGUGCACCGAAUUGGAAGGACUGGUAGGGCAGGUGCAACCGGAGAGGCAUAUACCUUUUUUGGGGACCAGGAUGCAAAACACGCUUCGGAUCUAAUCAAAUUAUUAAAAGGUGCGAAUCAGCUUGUCCCAACGGAACUUCAAGGCAUGGCGGCACGUGGUGGUGGGAUGGGUGGCAAGUUUAAACGAUGGGGUUCUGGUCCUGGUUCUGGUUUUGGUGGUCGUGGAGGACGAUCUGAUUCAAACUUUGGUGGUCGUGGAGGACGUGGAGGUAGAUCUGAAUCAAGCUUUGGUGGAAGGAGUAGUUGGAAUUCGGGUAGGGGUGGAGGUCGUGACAGCAAUAGGGGUGGUUACGGCAAUAAUGGUUCAGGAUGGAGUAGGGCUCGUAGCCGCAGCCCGGAGAGGUUUAACUAACCUAGCUCGAAUGGCUUAUGUUUUCGUCCUGCUGACGUGUGAUUUGGAAUUAAGCUUUGACAGUAGAUGAAAUUUUAAGAGUUGAUCACCAUAUUAAGUGUAGCCGAUUCUGUACCGAUAGGUGUAGAUUCUAAAAGGUUUUGUUGUUGAUUGUUAUGUUGGAAAGCUCUUAUGAAAUAUAUACAGAAUAGACAAUGCAUUCUUCUAUCUGGUUUGCUGGAUUUUCCUUGGGUUGUAUUUUACUUCUGUUUCUGAAAUUUGAAUUUAAAGAUAACUUGCUAAUAUUA